UUUGAAAUGAAACUUUUUAUUAUUGAUCAUCAAAAAUGGAUAUUUUAGAUUGUAAAAAUGUAUAUGUUAGCUGUUCGGUUAAUCGUUAUCCACAUUGUUUGGAUACAAAAGAAAAUCUCAUCGUAUUCGGUUCUUCAAAUUCGAUCGUUCUUUAUGAUUUAAAUGUUCGAUGUGUCAUUUCAUCAUCAUCACAUCAUUCUGAUCUGAUUAAUUCGGUUCGCUGGAUCGAUGAAAACGGUGUUUAUAUUAUUUCUUCAUCAGUAGAUCAAACAAGUAUUAUAUGGCAAAAAGAUGGACAAAAUGUUUUCCACUUGAAAUAUGUACUAAAUGGUGGACAUAAAGAUUCGUUAAUUAUAAGCGAUUCUGUGAUAGUUGAUAAAGAAUUUCAUUCUGUAUCAACAGCAAAUGAUAAAUCUUUAUGUAUAUGGCAAAAUGAUCAAAUGGUUUUCACCGAGGAUGUCAAACAUUUUAUUUUUGAUGUUCGAAUCUAUAAUAAUAUGGCUAAUAUUUCUGGCUUGGUUGUAUUGACUGCCGGAUCUAAUGAGUGUGUUCAAAUCAAUCAAUUUGAUUUAUUUACCAAGACGCUUGAAAGUUUAAUCACUUUACAGGGGCAUACUGAUUGGGUAAAAUCGAUUGAUUUAAUUUCAUUCAAUGAUAAAUGUCUACUUGCUUCAGCAUCUCAAGAUUUUUUCGUUAGAGUCUAUGAAAUUCAAAAAUGUUCUCUUGAAACGGACAUUGGUGUAAUGGGUGAUAUUAUGUCUGUAAAACAUGACGAUAAGGAAAAAUAUUAUUCUGUUACAUUGGAAACCGUUUUGGCAGGCCAUGAAGGUUGGGUAACCAAUGUUCGAUGGAUCAUUAUAGAGAAUCGAAUCCAUCUUCUUACUUGUUCUUCAGAUAAAAUGAUCAUUCUUUGGGAACAGAUGGGCAAUUCUAUUUGGAAUGAAAAAUAUCGUUUUGGUGAAGUGGGAGAAAAUGCUCUCGGUUUUUUAUCUUGUUCGUUCAUACACUCACCUCAAAUGAUUAUCGGUCAAUCACAUAAUGGUGCCGUACAUUUAUGGAGAAAAAUUGAUGGUGAAAAUUGUUGGCAAUCUUAUCCCCCUAUAACUGGUCAUUUCAAAGAAGUUACCGAUUUAACCUGGGAACCAGAGGGAGAAUAUUUUCUUAGUUGUUCGAGCGAUCAAACAACUCGUCUUCAUUCAUCAUGGAAUCCAUCAAAUUUGUCAUCUUGGCAUGAAAUCGCUCGACCUCAAAUUCAUGGGUAUGAUUUAAAGAGUUUAACUAUGGCUGGUCGAUUUAGAUUUGUUUCUGGUGCUGAUGAAAAAGUUGUACGCAUCUUUAAUGCGACAAAAAAUUUUACUGAAUCAAUCAAAAAUAUAAGCUCAAUCAACAUUGAUUUAGCAGGCAAUGAAUUUGCCGAAUGUGCAAUUGUACCCUCACUUGGACUUUCGAAUUCGGCCGUAUAUGAUACAUCAAAGAUUGAAGAAGAAUUCAAACCAAAAACUAUUAAUAUGCCUCCAAGCGAAGAGAUUCUCAUGCAAAACACUUUGUGGCCAGAAUCACAAAAACUUUAUGGACAUGGAUAUGAAAUAUUCGCUGUGGCUGUCAAUCAUUCCAACACUUUUUUGGCUUCAGCUUGUAAAGCAUCAAAUGCUAAUCAUGCUUCAAUCAUUUUAUGGGAUAUGAAAAUUUUUAAAAAAUUAACCAAUCUUUGUUCACAUAAUUUAACUGUAACACAAAUGCGAUUCUCACCUGAUGAUUCGCUAUUGUUGAGCGUUUCUCGUGAUCGAACAUGGGCACUGUUUGAAAUGAAAAGUUUGGAAUAUCGACGAAUUGCAUUCUCAGAUAAAAGUACCGGAAUACAUACCCGUAUUAUUUGGGACUGUGCUUGGACGCCAGAUUCGAAAAAUUUUCUUACCGGAUCACGUGAUAAAACCAUUAUUAGAUGGUUUUUGAAUGAUAAAAACGAAACGGAAAUCCAAUCUAAAGAAAAAAUUUCAUUUGAUCAUCCAGUCACUUCGUUGGAUGUUCAUUCCAAAUUUUUCACUGAAAAUAAUCAUUAUUUAGUUUGUGUUGGUUUGGAAAAUGGAAAUUUAUCUUUACAUACGAUAGAUAUUUUAUCAGGAGUAUGGUUGAAAAUUCAUAAUUUUGAAAACCAUCAUCAUACAUCGACAGUAAAUCGUAUAAGAUUUUCACCAAAAAUAUGCAUUGAUAAAAAUCAAUAUAAUGCUAUUCAUAUAUCAUCAUGUGGUCAAGAUAGAAUGAUAAAAUUGUUUAAAAUCAUAUUAAAGUUUAAAUAAAAUAUAAAAUUUUCAAA